AUGUCUCAUACAAUUACUCAACAAAAAAAGUAUCUGUCAAAAAUAAAUAGUAAUCAAUCAUGUUCUCGUAUUCGAAAGCUCAAACUUAUUAAUAAUAAUAAUCUUUCAACCAAUAACCCUUCUCAAAAGCAAUAUUCUCCUUACACUACAAAAGAUCGUAGUAAUUGCAAUCACUGUAAGGAAACUGGAGACAAUAUGAAAUUACUUACAGAAAGAUUAACAAGAAUUGAAAAAUUGAUUGGUGAUUUGUCUAAACUUGUUCAAGAAUUCAAUCCGCCCAUUAUUAAUAAGAUGACUCUUAGAUCGCUUACGUCUCCAGGUCAAAUGCUUCAUGAUAUAGAUUUAUCAACCUGUAAGCUUGAUGACCUUCAAAAAAUCGUAGCUUUCACUACAAAUGCUACAAAUUUUUCGCUCAAGAAAUUUCAUGCUGAACCAGAGCAAGAUCUUAAACUCUUCCCUAAAGGUUCAAUUGAUCCCAAGUAUUUGAUGAAUAGAAACGUAGUAUCAAAAGCUACAUCGAGCAAGAAACAAGAAAGACAAGAUUCCGGUUAUUUAAGCGCUGAAGAAGAUUUUAAACCUGUGAUCUAUAAGGAAGGUGAACCUUGGUUGUAA